AUGGCGAAACAAGAAGGAUGGAGAAAGCAAGGUACUCAGCAGGGAGGAAGGAUACUUGUCGUGAGGCAAAGAGGAAGACAAGGAAUAUGGAGGAAUGAAGGAAGUGCAGGUGUUUUCACUAUAUUUGUGAAUAACAUACCAAACUCAGUGAUUCCAAAGGGGUUCUACAACUUAUUCACGAAGUUUGGUGUGUUGAAGGAUGUGUUCAUGCCGCAAAAGAAAAUAAGGGUUAUUAACACAAGAUUUGGCUUUGUAAGGUUUGAUUGUUGUGUGGCUGCCAAAAUAGUAGUUGAAAAAGCAAAUGGACUAUGGGUGGAUGAUAAGGCAAUUGAGGUAAAACAUGUAGAAUUUGGCAAGGAAAAGGUAGGGGGAAAAGGUUCAAUAGUCCCAGUGCGUUUUCAAGCAAAGAGUCAAGCUAGCCAACAAGGGGAAGGCAGAAGUGGGACAUAA